CGUAUGCGAGCGAACUGUGUUCGAUAGGUUAGAGUGGUGUUGAUUGUGUUCGAGGGAGAGCGCGGUCUUGUUUUUUUUUCCUCAUUAAAGUUCUUGUAAAAUCAUGCUCGAUCUUUUCACGAUAUUCAGCAAAGGCGGCAUCGUGCUCUGGUGCUUCCAGAGCACGUCUCAGAUUUUCGCACCCAGUAUCAAUGCUCUGAUCAGAGGUGUUAUAUUGCAGGAACGUACAGGCAAUCACAGCUUUGAGCAUGACUCCUUGCGGUUGCAGUACAAGCUUGACAAUGAAUUUGAGCUGGUAUUUGUAGUGGCAUAUCAGAAGAUAUUGCAAUUAUCUUAUGUGGACAAAUUCUUGAACGAUAUUCAUCUAGAGUUCAGGGAUCGCUUUAAGAAUGAGCUUGAAAGCUCGAGCUGGUUCACCAAUUUUGAAUUUGAAAAUGCCUACCGUCUAGUGCUUGAACGGGCUGAGCAAUGGUCGCGUACACAGGCUAAAAUACCGAAGCAAAUGCGCAGCUUUGACGAAAGUCAGAAGUCUAAAAAGACUGUCGCAAGUAUGAUUGAGAAAAAAGAGGAUAAAGAUGAUAAGAAACCAGGUAAAAAAAAGAAGGCAAUUAACUGUAAUGGGGAUUUUAAUACAAAAAUUCAAGAACCUCCAAAGCAAGAAUUGCUGAAACAGCAAACAGAGCAUAAUGGAGAACUUGAUGAAGAAGUCCUCCUUGCCAAUCGUUUGAAACUCGCCCAGAAAAAGGCAGGUCAAAAGAAGAAAGCUGACAAGCAGAAGAGUCCUAAACCUGAGAAAGCUGGCAAGAAACCGCGUAUUUGGGAAUUAGGUGGAACAUCCAAGGAUCUCGCUACGCUGGAACGAACGAAAGACAAGCCCGUAGAGAGUGGCGAUUAUGUGGCAGCUGAUACAGCUCUAGUUGGACAGAUGAAGGGUGGUAUACGCGAUCUCGAAGUAAACAGCGAAUCCGAGGAUAAUUCUGAUGAGGAGGAAAUAGAACAUUCCAAUUUGCAAAUGCAGAAGAAAAACUCGAGCAUGUUCUCCAUGUUCAAGAGUCUGGUCGGUAGCAAAUCUUUAAAACAGGAGGAUAUGUUACCAGUUUUGGAAAAAUUAAAGGAUCAUCUAAUCACCAAGAAUGUCGCUGCAGACAUUUCUCAGAAAUUAUGCGAUUCCGUUGGUGCAAAACUAGAAGGAAAGGUACUCGGUACCUUUGAUAGUGUAGCAAACACUAUAAAGGCCACUUUGACGGAUGCCUUAGUACAGAUACUAUCACCCAAAAGAAGAAUUGAUAUUCUACGAGACGCUUUGGAAGCGAAGAAGAAUAAUAGACCUUAUGUCAUGACUUUUUGCGGUGUUAACGGGGUCGGCAAGUCGACGAAUCUAGCAAAGAUCUGCUUCUGGCUGAUUGAAAACAAUUUCCGCGUGUUAAUUGCUGCAUGUGAUACGUUCAGAGCUGGAGCAGUCGAGCAACUGAGGACACACAUGCGACAUCUGAACGCCCUGCAUCCACCAGAGAAGCACAGAAAUCAGACAAUGGUGCAGCUUUAUGAAAAAGGUUACGGAAAGGACGCUGCGGGCAUCGCCAUGGAGGCAAUUCGCUUUGCGAAAGAUUCUAAGAUGGAUAUAGUCCUAGUUGACACCGCUGGCAGAAUGCAGGAUAACGAACCAUUGAUGCGAGCUCUGGCAAAAUUGAUAAAGGUGAACGAACCGGAUUUAGUAUUGUUCGUUGGAGAAGCUCUCGUCGGUAAUGAAGCUGUUGAUCAGCUGGUGAAAUUUAAUCAGGCCUUAGCCGACUACAGUCAGUCCGCUAAUCCUCAUAUGAUCGAUGGUAUUGUGCUGACAAAGUUUGAUACAAUCGAUGAUAAGGUGGGCGCAGCAAUCACAAUGACAUAUAUUACUGGCCAGCCUAUUGUUUUUGUUGGAACUGGCCAAACUUACACCGAUUUGAAGUCAUUGAAUGCCAAAGCUGUAGUGCACGCUUUGAUGAAGUGAAUGUUAUAGAGAAUAAUAAAUCUGAAAACAUUCUAUCAAAUACAUGUAUAAUCUAAUAUAUGUGGAAUUACUUUAAGUUUUAUUUUGUUAUACAGUGUUACAAUCAAA